CAAACUGUUCUGCAGAGGGCCAGUGCAUACUGAGGAGAGAGGCUGCUUAUUUCUCUUCAUCUGCUGGACCAGGAGAGAUUCCUCCGGACGGAGCCUCUGAAACUAUGCUUUGCAUUUGGCCUCUGCUUUUUAUUUUAAUGCUGAAUGGACAAGGAUUGGGUAAGUCUUUCAAAACUGUCAGCUUGUAGAAGCAUUAUCUGCUCAAGGGAAGAGCAGCCAUCAGAAGCAAAUCGAUAGACAUGGAUAGAAAUACAAUGUGCUCAUUCUUGGUUCAAAACAGCCAGUGGGAUGUUUUAACUUCUGAAGUUCACACAAGGAAAGCCCUAUAUAAUAAGCAUGACCUCUGUGCAAUUGGAGAUCGUGUUUUAUAGACCCAAACUAUAAAAUUUUACAGGGCUCAAAAAUAUGCAGUACUUGUCAGGCUUCGCCAAAAGUCAGAGUAAUAUCACCAAAAUGGUGUGCAGGUUCAAGUGCGAUUCACUUUUGUCAGUCAGUCAUAUGGCCCUCUGAACAGCAUUCAGUUUUGGAGAGCUUAAGAAUUAAAUUGCUGUGAGAACUUCAGUGUUUCAAGAAGCUAGGAAUGGAGAUGCUUGUUAGCCUACCUCUAAAGUUUUUUCUUGGUUAAUAGGGCUGUGUUUGCCACUCUAAGUUGUUUUAUUGGACUGUGUAUUGUAGCAGGGGAAAUGGUUUGCAUGAUGCUGGAUCUUUGACUUUUAGCAUGUACAAAUGUUUUAAAGAUACCUUUGUGACACACACUGCCAUUCUUGAUUAAGGGUGCAAUCUAGCAAAGGCAAACAAUAUGAAUACAUACUUUGCAUACUAUGCAUACAUACUUUGGAGUCUAAUUGAAUUUAUUGGGUCCCACUUCUGAAUUAAUUUGCAUAGGAUUUGGCUAAAAUUUAUUUCAGUAGAAGAAAACUUUGCCGGUGUUUAACUGUCUCAUUGAAAUGAACAGGGUAUAAAAAUCCUUGCUAGACAUUGCUUUAAAUCUGCAAAGAUUUUUGUUUUUGCCAUGGGGUAGGCUUUCAUGCUUCUCUUACACUGUCUCCAUUGGGUACAUUUACCCCUCCCCUUAUGCUUUCUGUUCUUUCGGUAUUGCAUAGAAAUGCUAAAGGGCUGUGUAGAAAGGUUGUUUUUGCGGUAUUUCUUCAAGUAUUACGGUAAUUACUUCUAUCCAGGUAUUAUAGAUGCUGCCUGCCAGCCUAUAUCACAGUAAACAUAGGCUGCAAAUCCCACUUGUAGAUCCUCACUUCCCUCUUGUGAGUUUGCUUUAGUCAUUAUGUAGAAGCAGUGAGUAAUAAGCUAUAAGUCAGGACAAUUCCUGCCUCUGUUCUCAAUUGCCAGAUCAAGCCACUGUCUCUCAACCUUGGCCUCAAAUCUGCAGGAUGGGAAUAAUAAUGAAAAUGUAGAACUACCUUACAGGGCUGUUAUAAGAAUUACUGAGGUAAACCUUUGAGCACUUGUGGAAAAUGCCAUGGAACUACCAAUCCAACUUGCAGGCAGAUCAGUUGAUUGGCAAGCAGCACUAAAUGCAGACGCAGUUGCAAAAUAAGACUUUUCACUUGAAAUACAUUCAAGUUGGGACUUUCCUUGUUGAUUUGGAUCCCCCCCCCCGACUUUCCUCUUUUGGAUCUGCUUUAGUUGUACUACCUUCUUGAGUUGCUUUGUGCCUUGAGGAUGUGUACACUGUUAUGUACUGAGUUGAAUAGGCUCCAAACUGCAGCAGUCUGAUUGCUGCAAUUUGGAUCCUAUUGUUCUAGGACCAAUCAGACUGCUGCAUUUUGGAUCCUAUUGUUCUAGGACCAAUCAGACUGCUGCAGUUUGGAUCCUAGAACAAUAGGAUUCAGAAUGCAGCAGUCUGAUUGGUCCUAGAACAAUGCAGCAGUAUGAUUGGUUGGCAGGAACCACCCAAUCAUGCUCCAGAUAGAAGUGAAUCCACAACCUGAUUGGCUUACAGUAGAAUUCCAGAAUUAGCCAAUCAUGUGCAGCCCAUUGUGUAAAUAAUGUAUAUAAAGCAGAUACUUUGAGGGGACAUUCAUUCAUUCCUCCUCACCACUAUGAGCUGAAUAAAGAGCAUGAAAUCACUUUGCGACUCUGAGUAUAUUUCAUACACAUUACUGGCUUAAAACACAGCCAGGCAGUUUUUCUUUCUCAGUUUGAAAUGCAUCAUAACACGGUAUUUUGUAACAAAUAACAGGAUAGCUGCAGGAUACAUAUGGAUGGCAGCUAACACCCCUUGUACACAGCUUCCCAAACCAGAAGUGGGAGCGUGCUGUGGAAUUGCAAACACUGCACACACAAUUCCCCAUUCAGCAAGAAAUAUGCACACAUAGAAACCAGCUCCUGCACACACAUGCGCACGUACCUUCGAAUACCAAGUAUUAGUGAAGUGAAAACUGUGGCGCCCACAGAUAAUGGCCAGGAUGCAAAGAACUAUGCAAAGAACUGCUCAACAUGCCCAAGGUUUUAGAGGACUUGCGUUUUUCAGACAGCAAACUCCCAUAAUUACACAGCAAAUUAUUUAUUAUAAUUUGUUCUUCUUAAGUAGCUCAGUACUAGACAUCAAGGGAUCAACAAACUAUGUGGCAGGAAGCCCACUCAUUUAAAUCGAGUUCUGUGACAAUCCUAUGUGAACGGUAAGCAUGUGUCCUGUUUGUUUAGAGCAAAAGGAGCAGGCAAGUGUAUAAUAAUGAUGAUGAGGUUGAUGAUGAUAAUUUUAUUAUUUAUACCCCACCCAUCUGGCUGGGGCCCCCCCCAGCCACUCUGUAUGUGUUCUGGAGGUGGUGGGCAGAUGGUAAACCCUCCCCAUCUUUAUGGCUUAUGUCCCUUCAACCUGUUCCCACAAGCACUUUUAACCUUCAUAGGGCUUAGAUGCCAAGCUGAGAGGACAGUGCAGUGAGAGGGAGGGGAGGUCAUGGGCAGGAAUAGAGGAUUUCGUGCCCAACACCUGUGCUCUCCUUUUACUCUAAACAACAACAACGGUCAUCUGCCCCCUAUUAUAUGCAUGUUUGGGAUAUACAGGGAUAUACUUGGGUUCACCAUCACCUCUAGUUUUGUCCUGAGGGGAAUCUCCAAGGGAUUUUGUGAUGGGCUCUGCAGAUUAAAAAAAACCAACCAACCUCAAAUCACAUCAGUGCACAUGCAAACUCAGAUGUGCCUAAAACAGCUUUUUCAGCGGUUGCUAUUUCUUUCUGGCAGCUGCAAACUUCUAAUGUUCAGUUAUAGCUGAAGUUAUUUCCUGAGGAGUGCAAGAGAAAAUUUUCCUCAAUCUGUGGCAAGGGUGUAGGAAUAGAUGGCAACUAUUUUUACCUUAAAGUAAUAAAAAUAUAAUAUGGGCACAAGCGUGAAAGGUUUUACACAAGAUGCAGAAGCUUACCAUGUCUGCUACAGUUUUAAUUAAGACUCCAUAGCUCUGGACAGUCCUCUAGUGAAAUGUAUAAGUGAGUCUGGAACAGCCAAACCAACAUUAUUGUGGCCAUAACACAUUUGUUAGUCUUUAAGGUACCACAAGACUCUUUGUUGUGUUUGCUGCAAGAGACUUAACACAGCUACCUCUCUGAGAAAUAUGUACAACAUUUAAAAAAAACAACAAAAACCAAUCCUAAGAUUUAUAUUCCCAUCACAACCCACAAAACUGUGGUCUGCAGUGGUUUUGGCUCCCAUUAUUAGAAUGCAAAUAGCACAAUCAGGAUUUUAUCCCUACAGUAACUUCAUGGUCUUGAAGUGAUUCUUAUUUUAUGAGAUGGAGUUGGGGGCAAGUUUUCACAAUGGCAAACACAAAUCAAGUAAAUCUAUAUUGAUGAAUGAUUGUUUUGUUCUGGUUGGGUUUUAUCUUUUGUUGUUUGAGAUCGCUUUUUUUAUGGUUAAUUGGGAGGUUUUAGGGUUAGCAACUGAAAGGUGUAGCCAGCUGGGGGAGAAACUUUGGAUCCAAAAGGCAGAGUACAAAUGAAUACCCACCAACAUCCCUCAGAUGAAAAUAGGGACUUUUCCCACUAGACGCUCCCAUUGUUGUGUUUCUCACCCCUGCCGCAGAGUAUUUCCUAUCGGAAGAAGGGCAGGUGCCAAUACAACUAUGUCAACAGGACACGGCACAUGUGCCCUCCACCGUCCUGAGAAAACCCCUUGACCCUGAUUUUAUUUUAUUCUUUGGUAGAUUUAUACAAAGAAAAACAGACCCCUAUAAGUAAAUUUUGGAAAGGGGCACACUUAGAUGCAAACACACAAAGUAUUAUUAUUUUUAAAAUCAAGACUUUCUUCCCUCCCAGGGCAGCCCUGCCCUUUGCCUGCCCCUCAGAGAGCUUACACGUCACUCAGGGCUGGGCCAUAGCAGUGGCAGCCUCUCCUCCUCCUUGCCCACUCUCCAGCAGCCGCUACAAGCUCCCCAAGGGAGGAGGCUGGCAUCAUUGGCCAAUGAGAGGCCACGGGAUUCUCCUGGCAGCCACUGUCACUGCCCGGUAUAAGCCCUGGCUCAUCCUCCUCUCCAGGCUCAGCUACGAUAGCACUGGUGGGGUAAAUAAGGACAUUCCAGGAUCCAAUCAGAAGCCAAGAUGACUUUUGUAAUUCCGGGACUAUCCCUGGAAAAUCGGGACACUUGGAGGGUAUGGACUAUUCCAGGGAGCUCAGAUCUUACAGGCUUGUCAGAAUUAUAACUCCAAAGUAAUAUAUGUAAUAUAUGUAAAGUACUUUGAACACUCUGAAGAACUCUUAUCACCAUAAUCACACAGACACAUAACUCCAUCUACCACUGAAGAGCAAUUGAAAAUGCUCUUAGUCCUCUCAGAAAAUUUAUCUUCUUCCCAAGCGCAAGGAAGGAUAGCCAAAGCAAGCACAGAAUUAAGCCAAGCAAGUUCUUAUUUCCCUGACGUAAUAUUUUGGACAGAGGGGACGUUGUCAAGUAAACAAAAACCGAGUAGGACAAAAACACCCAGACAAAAAUCACCUCGGCUCUAUGGAUCUUUUGUUUGACCUCACAAUAUAAGAGAGACAUGCAUUCAGGUCCCUAUAUUUUCCAAGGAACCCGUUUCACGUUGCUUUGCUAGAGGAGGAAUCUUUGUGCAUUGGAGAGGAUCCCAGGGAGAUGGUUGACUCAGUUUACAUGGGAACGAGACAGACCCAUUGGGCCUGACAGUCAUACUGUGUUAACUGAGAAUGCACCAGGAACAAUUUGACAAUUGCUGCUUUGAGGCUACAUAUCUAAGAAAAGAAAUGGUGGGUUGUUUUUUGCAUUAAUCGAAAAAGGCUGUGCAUAAGAAAUGGUCUCUGCUGGAGAGAAUGACCUCAGUAUAAUCAGCUCCCAGAUUUCUUUUUAGAAAUCAACUCUCACCCUUGGCUGCAGUCCUCCGUUAAGAAUCUUUGUUUUGUUCUAUCAGAACUUACGUUCCACCCUGCUGCUUUAUGAGGCUCUAGUUCGUGCUAGAGUACAGAAGAUAGCAACCACAAGAAACAGCCUGAACCAAAUUAUUCAGGCUUAUGAGGAAACUUCGCCUCUUUGGCUUGUCACCAUUUGCACUGGUUCUGCCCCACCAUGUCUGUAUUUUAGCAACGGCAUUACACACACACACACACACACACAAAUAGCAAGCAAAGCAUUUCCUCUGGCAAGUUGGUGGUUGGACCACCUCAUAAAUUUUGGCAUUAGGCUGCUGACAAAGGCAUUGGAGGAGAGCUUGUGGUAGGGUCUCCAGGUGAGAAGGGGUGGUUUGGUGUCUAGUAGGGUUGCCAUAUGUCUGGAAUUUCCCGGGAAAAUCCAACUCAUUUUGGCAGUGCCAUUUUUGACUAAGUUUCUUAAAAACAACUCAAUUUUGGGGGGAAAACUAAAAAAACAACAACAACAAAACCCUCAACAUUUCCCUAUCUUUGAAGGUGUGCGUGCUGCCUCAUCUUGGGAUAGGUGCAUUUUCAAAUGCAGUCCAGCUCAAAUUUACAUUUAAAGAGCAAUUAGUCCAAUUCCGCCCCCCACCCCACAAACUUUAGCAAGAAAGGCUAUCUGGAAUGGAUGGGCAGGGAAACAGAAGCAGUCCAAGGGCUCUAUUUCAGAUCUACUUGGAUGAACCCUAUACCUCCAAAGCCCUAUUUCUGCCUACUUGUUAAAUGAGAUUUAAGCAAUAUGCAGUCCACUAAGCUUGGACACAACAUGUUAAAGUUUUGUCCCAGUUUGGAGUCAGGCAAAGUGUUGUUAUCUUUGUGAAGAUAUGAAGCCAGAAAUGAGUGUUGGGCUUGUGAACUAGGCUUUCCCUGUGUGCCAGCUUUGAUGCAGAGAUCCUGGUUUGUUGGUGAAGGAAAGAUGGAAAAGGGAGGAGCUUGCAUGCCUGAUGCUCAUUUCCAGCUUGGUAAAACAUGAAUGUCACAUCUGAACCAGCCUUCUGGUAGCUUUUAUUUUGAAAAGACCAUUUUCUACACGCCACUGGUUGUGCUCAUGUGAUUACUCUGCUCAAAACUCUAUUUCCCCCCUCCACGCUGGCUGAUGUUUUAUCUUGCAGAAUUGUGUUUCUCUUAUCUGCUGUACCUGAUACAUUAAAAAACAGGAUUUUAAACUUGCUGAGGUUUCCCCAGCAUAAGUGAAAACAGAAAUACAGUAUUUUAAUCAGGAAUAAGUCACAAUGAGUCCAGGAAAGCAUUCAGCAAAAACCCCCGAAGCUGCCAUGCUUCUUACUCAGUGGCCCAAGAAAUUCCGAGCAGAUGUUGAUAUCACAUGUGGAAAUAGUUAUUCUGGUUGUAUCAUGCUGUGUGUGGCUCUAUGUCCUACAGCUAGGAACGUUGCCUCUUUAAUUAUAAUAACUCACAUUAAUUAUUAUGUGGUUUGAAAGUUAAUUCCAAAAUAAAAAUGCUGUCUGCCCUUUUCUCUCAUCUGUUUAUAUUGCUGAGCAAAGCAAUAGUUAGCAUGGUAUUGUUGUUAACCCUUAGUGUUGGAUUAGGACUUGAGAGACCCAUGUUCCAGUCGCCACUAAGCCCAGAAACUUGCCCAAUGACCUUGGGCCAGCUAAUCAGGUUUCAACCUAACCUACCUAUGGACGCUAAGAGGCAGUGCUUUUUUUCUUUAAAAAUGUUUAGGGGUAUUCUCAUUUUGACUCAAGAAAAUCACCAUUUUAUAGUUCAAAUCGGGGAAAAUAAAUACAGUAAAUGGACAAAAGUACAAAGAUUCACAAAAUGUUUAGGGGCAUGCGUCCCCCAGGGGGAAAAAAGCACUAGAGAGGUGAAGAGAUUUCACUGGAUGUAGGAAACCAGGGUAGGAAUUUGAGGAGGGGAGUCCUAUGCCUGAGUGAUAGAAGAGGUGAACGUUUUGGGCAGCCGACGUGAGAUGACUGAAGACUGUUUUGCAACAAAGGAUAACCAGGCAGGGAGGAAAAGGUUGUGGCAGCAUGAAGUUUUUAGAUGAGUUUUAAAGCUGAAAAAUUUUCAGUGUUGUGCAGGGACAAAGUAUACGACGGAUCUGUGGGAUAUGCUCUCUGGAAGUAAAUUAAUGGAAAUAAAUUCUUUUUGGAAAUUCCAUUAUUUCUCAUUGAGGUGAUUAUACAUACCAGCCACAGGCCAGAGUUACCAUGCCAAGUUAAAAACCUGCUGACAGCCUACAUUUUCUUAAACUGGCAGCAUUUGUACUUGUUUUAUAGUAACAUCUUGGGAGUUUCCUGUGUAAAGUGGCCUCUUUCAUAUUAAGUCAGGGAAUACAUUGUUGACAUUUGCUGUCCCCCCUGAAAAACAUUUUCCAAAGCUCAGUGGUGGUUUAGCGUUACACACACUUUUAACCAACUUUCCUGACUUUGAGGCAAGCGAGUUCCACAUAGUUUUGGUUGCACUCAUCAUUCUGAAAUGGGUGGGGCCUCCACUACAAAACUUUUAAGGUUUGAUGGUUGGCCCAAAUAUUUGAGGAGGGCCUUUUCCCUACUCUUUAAUUACAUGUUGGUUUUCUUUCCAUAAAUAUUUAAAAAGAGAUCUUUGUGUUGCCAUUACGAGGAGACAGCUUCCCUCAUAUAAAGACAAUGCUAAAGGCAAAAUAAAGAAACCAGUGUAAAGAAUUAGCACUAAUACUAAUUUACUAUUGGGUAAGUCAUCUUGAAUUCAGUUGGCCAGAGUAAACAUUCCUAGGGUCUAGCGCUAUGUGGACUGAUGCACCUAAUCUCACAGCGCUCCAGUUUCUGUUUUAUGUUUAACAACAACAGAAUAUUAUUGAUGUAAACAAUAUAAAUAUUAUGAACAAUAUUACUAUUUAUUGAGGAUCUAGUCCACAAGCUUAACAUGAGUCAACAGUGUGAUGCAGCAGCAAAAAAAGCUAAUGCAAUUCCAGGCUGCAUCAACAAAAGUACAGUGGUACCUUGGGUUAAGAACUUAAUUCGUUCCGGAGGUCUGUUCUUAACCUGAAACUGUUCUUAACCUGAGGUACCACUUUAGCUAAUGGGGCCUCCUGCUGCCGCUGCACCGCUGCUGCACGAUUUCUGUUCUCAUCCUGAAGCAAAGUUCUUAACCUGAGGCACUAUUUCUGGGUUAGUGGAGUCUGUAACCUGAAGCGUAUGUAACCCGACGUACCACUGUAUAGUGUCAACAUCAAGAGAAGUAAUAGUACCACUCUAUUCUGCCUUGGUCAGACCAGAAAUGGAAUACCAUGUCCAGUUCUGGGCACCACAAUUUAAGGAUAUUGACAAGCUGGAACAUGUGCAGAGGAGGGUGACUGAGAUGAUCAAUGAACCAAUAAAUAAUGUCACUUACCCUAAUAGAGUUCAAUUGCCUGUUCUGUUCUCUUGGUAUUAUAUUGAAAAACUACACAGUUGUGAUCUUUGGCAUAUUUCCCUCCACACACUAGCAAAUUUUAGAAAGAAGGGGUCAUCUCUGUGGUGCGUCACCCCUGAUGAGCUUUGAUGCUAUAGGAGGUCCCAGUUCUUCUGAAUUGUGGAACCCUUAAGAGUUCAACUCUUCAGUGGAUGUUCCCACACAUGGGGGAUUCUGAGUAUUUUUGCAAAACCUAAAUAUAGUGUGGAAUAACAAAACAAAACAAAACCUUGGCAAAGUUUUAAUAUUGCUUGCUUUCCUUCCUCUUGCAGUUGCUGCUGAUCCUGUCACUGAUCUCCCAGGGAGUUUGGAGCAGAAUGACUGGUGUGAUGAACACAAUACAAUUCAUAAGCGCUUAGAUACUAUCCAAGAGGUAAGGUGAAAUAGCAGAGCAAUGUUACAGGCCACAGUUACCCUUCCAGUCUGUUCCUUGGUACCUCUCCAAAAUGGCUCAAUUAAAAUACCAGGUUUGAUUGGGGAUUUCCACAAAAUCUGGUUGCACAAUAUAUGGCUCACAGUCAAAGGGGCAAGAGAUCUAUAAUUGUGUCACACUGAGGUGGAGUGAGGAAUACAACAUCUUUCUUUUCAUGAAUCUUGCUUUAGACACUUACAAAUAAUAUCUGAACCACUGUGCUGGGAAGGUUCAGGGGCAAUUAGAUGUGACAGUAUACCAGCAAGCAGGGCUAUGGAUUCAUUAUUACAGCUCAUGCAUUGUGGAUGCAAAUAAUCUGUGAUCACUUUUGGGAGUACAGUUGUACCUUGGAAGUUGAACGGAAUCUGUUCCAGAAGUCUGUUUGACUUCCAAAACGUUUGGAAACCAAAGCGCGACUUCUGAUUGGCUGCAGUAACCUCCUGUAGCCAAUCAGAAGCCGUGGAAGCCCCAUUGGACAUUUGGCUUCCAAAAAACCGUUCAAAAACCAAAAUACUCACUUCUGGGUUUCGAUCGUUCGGGAGCCGAAAUGUAGGAGUACCAAGGCGUUCAACAACCAAGGUACGACUGUGCAUGAAACCUUUGUCUAGGCAGAAAUCUGAUUGCCAAAUGCAUUCUUGCCUCGAUUCUUCAUCCACAUGUUUUGCACACAUCACUUUUAUUUUACCUCUGUUUGUAUGUGUUUACAGCAACGUAUAAGAACCCCUCACUGGCUGUAUUUGCAUGGAACAUUCAGAGGUAUGAGAAUGAGCUCAUGCGAGCCUCAGGAUGCACUCCCUCUGGUGUGGCUUUGAAGAAAGCAGAAGCUUCUCCUUCCAUUUUAACUACAGUUUACCAUUGCAUCUGAACCCCAAACUAUAGUUAAUCAUAAAAUGAGGGGCUUGCAGUUCAGUGGUAGAGCACAUUCUUUGUAUGUGAAAGGUCUCAAGUUCAAUCUCCAGGUAGGCCUAGUGAAAAUCUCUUACCUGAAGCCCUGCAGAAUGGCUGCUAGGCAAGAUUGAUAACCCUGAAUCAGAUUGACCAAUAGUCUGACUUGUUAUAAGACUAUGUUCUAGCAUACAGUUUUUGUAAACUAAAUCAGUUUCUUAAACCACUGUCUGAAGUUGGCUUGGGGUUUUGUUUUGUUUUUGUUAGAUUAUAGUUAAGAGUAACUGCAGUUUGUGUGGGUUCGGAUGAGCCACUAAGCUGCUAUUAAUCAAAACUCCUCUUCAGCUGGGAGGGUUAUUUAGGGUAGGAAAUUCCACCAGAUCCUUGAAAUGGGAUCUGGCAGAAUGUUCCCCAGCAAACAAUCAGCGUAAGCCUCAAGCUAAGCUAUUAUAAAUGUCUGUGUUGCUGGUACUUAACGCUGUCGUGCCUUAAUCAGAUAUAUAGCACAGCAAAAAUAGCAAAUGCUGGGCUGUGGUGUAUAUACUCUGUCUGUGUCCUGAAGUCAUAGCAUUUCGCAGCGCUGGGUUUACGGCAGUUCCCUUGAACAGGUGCCAAGAUGAGGGGGCGUAAAACUAUGACGCAGGGCACUUGAGAGCAUGCAUAGCACGGAAGGCGCUAAAUUUUGUCCUCACUCAGGGCACUGAACUACCAAAGUCCGCCCUUCAUUGGGGGAGGACAUAAGAACGUAACUGGAAGUGAUAAAGGUUUAUAGAUUAUAAGUGGGUUCUCUUGUUUUAUGUUAAAGGCAUUGUACACAGAAAAUAGGGAAUUUGACUGUAGGCAGAAUGAUCACCUUCUGUAACUGGAGGAGAAGGAUGACACCAUUCAUGAGAAUGGAUAAUCAGAAUUUGGGACAUUGUGUAUAUAUGGUUAAGGUUACAAAUAUGCCGAGAACCAGACAAUACCAGUCAGAUGGUUUUUGUGAAAAAAGGAUUGUUUUCAUAGUGUAUUGGAGCAACAAGGUUCAAGAUUAGGCAAACCUGUUUGUAUUACUUGGUACUUUAGGACUUUAAUGUGUUCUAUAUGAUUUUGGUAAAGAAAAUUCGUUUGUUUUUAGCUCACAAUAUCCAUUUUCUUUUCUUUUUUUGGUGUUUAAUAUGUGUGUUCAUGUUUUUGUUUUCUUUACAACUCUAUUUGCUUUAUUUUGUUCUGUUACAAUAAAAAUAAUAUAAAUUUAUACACUCUUUUAUACACUUAUAAAUUUAUACAAAAACGCUUCUCCUAUCAACCACACCAGAGGAAGGUGGUUUAACAUUACAAGUACAUGCAAACCAGGCCAGUGCCCGGUUAAUCUCAUCAAUUAAAAAAUAAAUAAAUCAACCAACACCCUUGUCCACUAGAGGGCAGCACAAGACCAGAUAUGCUUACCCUGCGCCCUACAGAUGAUCUCUCCCUGCUUGUAGUGUAUCAAAGUCCUUGGUGUAGGGUUGGCUUAUGGCGGAUGUAGCUUGCAAAGGAUGAACUCCCACCUGCAUCUGCAUUCACUGUGGGAGUGAUGAAUCCAAACGGGCAAGGGGUACAAUGGACUUGCAACUUACGCACAUUUAACUUGUACAGCUGCAGUGUUAUGUGCGUGGCGGCCAGCCAGCCAGCUGAAAUCAAACAAAUUAAAUGCAUGCAAGGCAGAGAGCUUAAAAGCCCAUCGUGGGAAGAACCUUUAAGCUCUCUGAUUUGCUUCUCAGGCUCUGGGAGGCUCUUGCAAAAGCCUCUGAAACCCACGCAAGAGCCUUCCAAAGCCCACUCAGUAAACCAGAGAACGUUCUUAUGGUGACUACAAGUUGUUCCCCCAGAUGAUCAGACAAACCAUGGCUUUUUUUCUUAAAAGUUUGACGUCUAUUCCAGCCUUGCUCUUGCCUUGGACCUUUGUAGAUUGGACAGCUGCUAUAGGUUGGUCAAACAAGCCUUAUGGUUCACAUGCAACGUCAAGUCAUAGCCCAAGACAAGAUUCAUAAGCCAACAAAAGCCAGUGCCUUUGGAUUGAUAGUGGCUUGUUGGCAGUAAAUCCCCACUGAGUGAUGAAACUCACUGGGUGACCUAGGGGCAGUCAAUGUCUCUCAGCCUAACAUCCUACCUCACAGGGUUGUUGUGAGGAGAAAAUGGGGAGGGGAGAACCUUGUACACCAGCUCAUUGAAGGAAAAGUUGGGAUAUAGAGGAAAGAAACCAACCAACCAUAGUUAAGCUGUUUGGCAGAGUUCACACAAAAUGCUAAGCCAUAAAGGUAAAGGGACUCUUGAUCAUUAGGUCCAGUUGUGGCCGACUCUGGGGUUGCAGCGCUCAUCUCGCUCUAUAGGCCGAGGGAGCCGGCAUUUGUCCACAGACAGCUUCCGGGUCAUGUGGCCAGCAUGACUAAGCCACUUCUGGCGAAACCAGAGCAGUGCACGGAAACACUGUUUACCUUCCUGCCGGAGCGGUACCUAUUUAUCUACUUGCACUUUGACAUGCUUUUGAACUGCUAGGUUGGCAGGAGCUGGGACUGUGAUGGGAUUAUGAGCUGCUUGUGCGUAAAAUCGUAUUCCCUCAGAGUUUGUUCAAGUCCACAAACCUCUGUCUGUGACUGAGCCCCUCUGACAUGGCUCCUCUUAGUCACUAGAAGAUUCCGACAGUGGUUGCUUUCGUAAUCGCUUCCAACAUAAAAGCUCCUUAACGGAAACACGUCUUCUGGACUCUCUGCGUGACAGUUUCCGGCGAGGAGUGGGUGUCGCUACAGGAGGUCCGGAAACCUCACCACUGUUUUCGCUGGAAGUAUCUCUGAGCCAUCCCCCAGCUCCCUUUCCCUCAGUUCAGCUUCUCUCCCCUGCUGGUUUCCUCUUCAGCUGCUAAGUCUCUUCCAACCUGUCUGAGCCCUUUCACCUCCCUCAGUUCAGCUUCUCUCCCCUGCUGGUUUCCUCUUCAGCUGCUAAGUCUCUUCCAACCUGUCUGAGUCCUUUCACCUCCCUUCCUACCGAUGGCAGUUCCCUGACAUCCACCUCCCCCUCCAGGGCCCCCUUCACCCCCUCUCGCCCCCUCCUCUACGGGCGGUGAGGAGGCAAAACCCGGAAUGAACUUCCUUCAUCUUCCGAUGUCUCGAACACUUCUCUCCACCUGUUGCGGUUCCUGGUCUCGAAGCACUCCUCCUCCUCCGAGUCCAUCUCCCCUUCCCCUUCCGAUUCUGGGAAUCCUUCCAACUCCUCCUCCUCCUCAGUGGUCCCAAAGUAUUCCCUCCGGAACCUCUCCACAGGCUGAGGUUUCCGCGGGAACCUUUGAUGGAACAUUUCUAUCAAUACCUCGUCAUUGAUAUCUUUGGCCAUUACCCACGUGUUUUCUGACUCCGGUUCUCCUUCCCACGCUACCAAAUACUCCACCUGAUUCCCCUUCCACCUGGCAUCAAGGAUUUCUGCCACAUGACUGCUGCAUUCUCUUUCUUCUAUGACCGGUCCCGAGUGGCCAUCCCUUCUCGUCCCCCCUCGUACGGUGACAGUAACGACCUGUGAAAUACUGGGUGCAGUUUCAUGUGGUUGGGUAACCGGAGCCUGAAAGCCACUGGGUUGACCUGUUGAAUGACCUCAAAGGGACCCAACCUCCUGGGUCUUAAUUUCUUACAACCUCCUUUGAACGGCAACCCUCGGGUUGACAGCCACACCCUCUCUCCAACCCUUAUGGUUUCACCUUCCCUUCGGUUCUUGUCUGCCUGCCUCUUGUAUUCUUCCUUCGCCCUUUCUAAGUUGAGUUGGAGCUGACGGUGGAUUGCUUCCAUUUCUUCUACAAAAUGCUCGGCUGCCGGUACGCUCCAUCUCCCCCCUUCUCCCCCUGGGAAAGCCCUGGGAUGACACCCAUAAUUAGCCAAGAAGGGGCUCAUCCCUGUGGACACAUUCUCGGCAUUGUUGUAGGCAAAUUCCGCCAGCGCCAACUUUUCUACCCAGUCAUUCUCUCUGUCAUUGACAUAACACCUCAGGUAUUGCUGGAGGACACCGUUUGCUCUUUCCGCCUGCCCGUUGGUUUCAGGGUGCCGGGCAGUCGAAAAGUUGACCUCCACCUGCAGUAAGCUCAUGAGCUUCCUCCAGAACCUGGAAGUAAAUUGUUUUCCUCGGUCUGAGACCACCCUCAAUGGCACCCCGUGCAACCUAAAAAUGUGUUCUACAAAUAACUUCGCUGUCUCUUCCGCCGUGACUGCAUGCGAGCAAGCUACAAAGUGGCACAUCUUUGUUAGUAGGUCUACCACCACCAUGAUGGCUGUUUUCCCUUUGGACUUCGGCAGAUCAGUCAUAAAAUCUAUCGACACUGCCUCCCAAGGUCGUUCUGGUGUUGGUAAGGGUUCUAAUAGCCCCGCCGGCGCCCGCCUUUCCCCUUUGGCUCGCUGGCACUGCUCGCACCCUCUUACAUACUCACGUACAUCCUCCCUCACCUUAGGCCACCAAAAUUCCCUGGUGACCAACCACAUGGUUUUGUGUUGCCCAAAAUGCCCGCCGUGGGGCUGUCAUGCAACUGCUUGAGUACCCUCCCCUUAAGUCUCCUUCAGGGAUAUACAGUGCCCCUUUGUAAUACAAAGCUCCAUUUCUUUCCUCGAAACCCCUUGAUUCCUCUCCCUCAUCCCUAAGACCUCUAAGCUUAUUCUGGGCGUAUUCAUCAUUCUCUGUUUCUUCUACCAGUUCUCUUUGUCCCACCAAUGCCGCCCCACACACCCAGCGGUCCUCUGGAAUGACAUGUCUCUCUUCGGGUGCUCCCUCCCCCUCCAAAUAUUCAGGUUUGCGUGAGAGAGCGUCCGCCCUAAUAUUCUCUGGGCCUGGCACGUAACAAAUCUCAAAGUUAAAUUUGGAGAAUUCCUGAGCCCAUCUCACUUGCCGUUGGUUGAGCACUCGUGCCGUCCUCCAAUACUCUAGGUUCUUGUGGUCAGUGCACACUUGCACCUUAUGUUGUGCGCCAAUUAGCAGGUGCCUCCAUCUCCGGAACGCCUCAUGAAUGGCUAGUAGUUCUCGGUCAUACACCGUGUAGUUCCUCUCGGAUUUGUUCAGCUUUCGCGAAAAAAGCACACGGUCUCCACUCUGACUCCUCCUUCCCUGGCUGGAGAAGCACCGCCCCAACCGCUCUGUCUGAUGCGUCAGUUUCCACUCUCAUCGGUUUUUGUAAAUCCACAUGCAGGAGCUGUUGUUCCGAGGCGAAGGCCCUUUUAGUUCCUCAAAUGCUUGCUCCGCCUCCUCCGUCCAAGCGAACUUCUUCUUACUGCUGAGACAGUCCGUAAUGGGCGCCGUCAGGUGGGCAAAGUUUGGGAUGAACUUACGAUAGAAGUUCCCAAACCCUAAAAACCUCUGCACAUCCUUCCUUGUUUUGGGUGUUUUCCAUUCCAGUACCGCCUGGACCUUGCCGGGAUCCAUGGCCAGCCCCUUGUCAGACAGGCGAUACCCCAGGAAUUCCACCUCCUUGGUAUGAAACUGACACUUCUCCAGUUUCACCCACAGCUGGUUGGCUUGCAGCCUGCUCAACACUUCUCUGACGUCUCUCACAUGCUGCUCCUCAUUCUCAGAAUACACCAACACGUCGUCUAAGAAGGCCACACAAUUCUUGUAAAGCAACGGCCCCAGGACGUGGUUCAUAAACGAUUGAAAUGUUGCGGAGCCUGCUUGUAGACCGAAGGGCAUAACUAAGUAUUCAAAUGCCCCUAAAGGGGUGAACAUGGUGGUUUUCCAUUCAUCCCCCUUCCUUAUUCGUAUCAGGUUGUACGCCCCCUUAGAUCCAGCUUGGUGAAAAUCUUUCCCUUUCGCACCCUUGUCAAAAUGUCGUCAAUCCUGGGCAUCGGGAAGGCCACUGGUUCUGACACUGCAUUUAAGGCCCUGAAGUCACACACCAGUCUCGGCUUGUUCGUGUUUUUUGUCCACAAAAAACACUGGGCUGCCCCACCGCCCUGGACUCUCUGAUGAACCCUCUCUUCAGGUUCUUGUCAAUGAACUCUCUUAGCUCCUGCAUCUCUCUGUCUGACAUGGCGUACAGCUUGCCCACAGGGAGCUGUGCCCCAGGGAGCAAAUUGAUUUGACAGUCAAAGGCUCUAUGCGGUGGUAGUUGGUCAGCUUCCCUUUCGCUGAAGACGUCGCGGAGAUCUGCGUAUUGUCGUGGUACCUUCACGUUCUCCUUCACUUCAGUCCCUGCUAGGGUGGCUUGGGCCCCUGCCAAAACCUUUCCCUCUUUGCAAUGUUCUAAGCAAUGUGCUGACCCAAAAGAAACCACUCUCUGAUGCCAGCCCACCAGCGGAUCAUGUAACGCUAGCCAGCUCAUCCCCAAUAUAAUGGGAGCUCCUCCCAAGGUGGCCACAUUAAAAGCUAUCAGUUCAGUGUGCCUUGCCACCUUCAUUAUCAUUGGGACGGUCUGCAAGCUGACUUCUCCUCCCAACAGCUCCCUGCCAUCGAUCGUGGUUACCUGCAGGGGGUUGCUUAAAAGGAGCGUCUGUAUCUGGUGUUCAGCUGCAAACUCUUUGCUCAUGAAAUUGCAGGAGCUGCCUGAGUCCAACAGCGCCUUUAUCUUUAGAGGGUGUCCGUUUGGGAGCUCUAGUGUCACUUCUAUCACUAGGGCGGGUUUAGGAGGUUCUGGAGUGGGCACUUUCACUGCUCUUUGGCCUGGCUGCUGUGCCCCGACAAUGGCAGCCAGGCGUUGGCUUUUAGUUGCUCCGGUAUUUUUCCUCUCUUCCCUCCACAGCUCCCACCAUCCCUUGCCAUUCCUUCCUCUGGGGGCAGACUCUGGCAAAGUGCCCUGGCUGUUGGCAGAGAUAGCAUUUCCGGGCGCCUUUUCCAUCAUUCUUUCCCCCUCACUGGGCUUUGAAACUGCGCGCGCGCGCUGUUCCGAUUUCCAUCGGCUCUGCCGGCGGGACAGUUGGCUCUGGAAUGUCUGGAAUGCGGAACUCCUUCCAACGUUCCCCUUUCCCUUCCCGCCUCUCCAAUGCUCUCGCCUCCUGGCGCGCUCCUAUGGCCAGCGCUGAUUUGGUCAGCUGGUCCAUAGACUCCGCCCUGGGCGCCCGGGAAAGUUCAUCUUUCACAGCCGAAGAAAGCCCUUCUUCAAAGAGCAUUUGAAUGGGUUCCGCCGAUAAGUCCCACCCCAAUCUGUGUAUCAGCAUGGUGAACUCAGUCCAGUACUCACGUACAGAUCGGCUCCCCUGUUUGCAAGCCAUUAACUGUCUGCGCACCACUCCCUUUUCAAUAUCGCUGGAAAACAUCAGAUCCAUGGCGCGAAAGAACUUCAUCGUGUCCUUUAGGACGUCACUAUGCGCUGCCAUCAGGGGUCUAACCCAGUCUCUCGCCCCCUUUUCAAGAUGCCCAAUCACAAAAGCCACUCGUGAUUCCUCAUCAGGAAAAUCAUCAAACUGCAGAUUGAGGGCAUAUUGCAUUUCUGUCCGAAAGCUAUGAUAGUCUUUGGGCUCCCCCCCAAAUUUUUGCACCAAUCCUGGUACCUUUCUGGCGAGCUGGGUGGCUUUCUCCCUUUGUCUGCAUCUUGAGCCCUCCUCUCCUCCAGCCUCGCCGUCUGCAGCGCCAGCUGGACCUCCAACACUCGGUACCUUUCUUCCAGGCUUGGACCCGCUCCAGCCCCUGCUUCUCCGGUUCCUGCUGGGUUGCUCAUUAUGCCUUCUCCUGCACAAGCUGCGUUCAAAGACUGUCGGAAUGCUGUGAUGGGAUUAUGAGCUGCUUGUGCGUAAAAUCGUAUUCCCUCAGAGUUUGUUCAAGUCCACAAACCUCUGUCUGUGACUGAGCCCCUCUGACAUGGCUCCUCUUAGUCACUAGAAGAUUCCGACAGUGGUUGCUUUCGUAAUCGCUUCCAACAUAAAAGCUCCUUAACGGAAACACGUCUUCUGGACUCUCUGCGUGACAGUUUCCGGCGAGGAGUGGGUGUCGCUACAGGAGGUCCGGAAACCUCACCACUGUUUUCGCUGGAAGUAUCUCUGAGCCAUCCCCCCAGCUCCCUUUCCCUCAGUUCAGCUUCUCCCCCCCUGCUGGUUUCCUCUUCAGCUGCUAAGUCUCUUCCAACCUGUCUGAGCCCUUUCACCUCCCUCAGUUCAGCUUCUCUCCCCCUGCUGGUUUCCUCUUCAGCUGCUAAGUCUCUUCCAACCUGUCUGAGUCCUUUCACCUCCCUUCCUACCGAUGGCAGUUCCCUGACAGGGACCGAACAAUGGGAGCUCACCCCGUCACGGGGAUUCGAACCGCCAACCUUCUGAUCGGCAAGUCCUAGGCUCUGUGGUUUAACCCACAGCGCCACCCGCGUCCCUAUAUGCUAAGCCAUAGAACCAGGCUAAUUCAGGAGAUUCUGAUAGAAGUGGAUUACCCUAAAUUUCACUUUUCUUCAUUAGCAGGUGGAAAAGACGGUUGAUCUUCUUGACUCUGAAGUCAAGUCCCUGCUGAACACCAUAAGUGAAACGGCAUGGAAUGUUCCUCUUGCUCCUGGAACUCCCUUGAUGGAUAUCUUUGAAGGUAUGAAUCACAGAGAAAUGUAGUACAUCUAUUAUCCAAGUGUCCACAACCGCUUGUAAAUGUUGCAAUUCAGCGCACAGAAUGCAGUUGUUCCCUGAAGAUCACUUCACUUGGGGAAUAAUAUGGUCAGUUCCCGUACCCUUAAAACUCCAAGAUGUGUAACACUACUGAAAUAUCUGUUUCAAGUUCAUCGGCUACUAUUCAUUGUUGACCUUCUGUAAAUGAAGUAAGUAAUCCUGUUCACAGAAGGGCUUUAAUCUAGCAAAACCUUCACUAGUGGGGUGGGGAGAGGGGAAGUUUCCCCUCUGGAGGACCCUGUUCCUCCCUGAAAUCUGCUCUGGAAAAUUUGGUUACCUCUGGUUUUGGAGGCCGGGGGGGGGGGGGGAUAGAGAAUCAAGUGAAAAUUGCACCCCCUGCUUUCGUUAGUGGAAGGCUAACACUGGGAUGUGACCCUUAAUCUGCUUUUUAACAAAUACUGCCUUCUCUAGAAACCGAUGGCUUGGUGGAUUGCCCCUACAAUCUCCCUUCCUCUCUCUCAUUUGCUAGAUACCAGCUGAGCUUCAAGACGACGGACCAAAGGAACAGACUGUAAUAUCUAUAUACCUGUAUCUCCCACCGGCAUAAUUAACCCAUAUUGCACUCUUUCAUAAGCUUCCAGACCAGACAGAUGUCUUCAGACUUGGGAUGGGGAGUAUUCCAUCACAAGUUCCUUUGUGUUACGAUCUAAUCAUACUGACGCAGAAUACCAAGAGAGAAGUUUUCUUCCCACCUAUCCUGAAGAUUUAGAGACUCCUAAAAUUGUUGUAAAAGAAUCCUCACGGCAAGGACCCCCGCAGAGAAGUUAAAUGUCCCAGAAGGUCCAGCCGUCUGGCGGUAAAGAAAAAGGAGCAGAAAUUAGAAGAGGUACUGUUGGAAGUUUUCAUGGGGUACCUGGUAGUCUCCAAAACUGGGUUGGCAUCUCUGAUCACAAAGAAAUUUUUGUUGUUGUUAACUGUCCUAAAAUUUGAGCAAUCAAUUAACCUGUUAACUAGCUAACCUGUAGCACUGGUGGCACAAGGGAGCUUAUGGCGCUCCUGGAGAGUAGGGGCAGGAAAGCAUGUGAGCCUGGCUGCAGCACAGUCAAAUAUACAGCCUUGUUCGCAAGCUUCCUAGAGGCAUCUAACGCUGAUCAUUGCUGGAAGCACCAUGGUGGGAGUUUUGGUCUGGUCCAGCAAGACUUCCAAUCUGGCAGUACUCCCCAGCUGAAACACCUUGUGAAAGCGCAUUGAGUGCCUAUCUACUGACGGGCAUUCUCUUAACUUCUGGACUUGUGGCACACUUGCCAAAAACUGGUUCCAAACUACUUGAAAUAUCCAGGUUUGUCCAGUGUUGGAAACAGGAUGCAGAGCUCAGUGGCCCAGGAGUGAGUUUGUUUGUAACACUCUGUCCUUGUGUCUUUGCCCAAGCCUUUCCUAUGAAGGGACAGGUCACCAAGGAGCCACAGUGAGCAGCCUAAGUGGAAUGAUUUCAUGUUUUAUGUAGAAGCUAGAACCCCUCUGCAUAUGCCUCUGAAACAUUUGCUCAAGAAACUGCCUGAUGGUGCUUAAGCUCACUAGUCUGAUUUGCCUGAGACACGACCCCAUUCCCCAAGGGGAGCCAUCCGUGGUUGAAGCUGAAUAUCCCAAAUAAAUGAUGCUGCCAACAUGGCAGAAAUAAGAACACUGGUGCGGGAGGCUUGGGUACUAAUUUGGUUUAUUUGUACAAAUCAUCUUUUAAAAAAUUAUAUACUUGAUUUUAAGGUAGAAUUCUACAAAAACACGCAAAGAGAAAAAGCUUUGGCAUACACUCAAAUUGAAGGCAUUUCGAGCCUCCCAAAAGACAACUUUGGCUGGAUCAUGCUAGUGGCAAGUCCAUCUAAGAAUCAGGGAACUGAAUGGGGAAAGUGAAACAUGUGCUGAACGCUUAAAUCAAUGGGGGUUUCCUUUGUGCCUAUUUUUGUAAAAGAGGAGCAUUUUAUGUGGAAUCUCCAUUGACUUCUGUGUUCCUGUUUAUAUUCCAAUAAAAAGUUUGGAGCUUGUAAAACAGCCUUUUCUAACAAUGAAGCCUUGUUCACAUGUUGGCUUUCAAGAGAAAAAGCUGAUCCUCCGCUUAUUGAAAAACAAAUGAGUGGAAAUUUGUUUGAUUGUAGGCUGUCCAUGAGAGCUAAGCUACUGUAGAUAUGAUGCUGAAGACAUCAACAGAAAGCCAAUAGAUUUUUAAGUUUUAAAAAUGGCUGUGUGUGUUUGAAGUGUUGGGAUUCUGCAUGCGCAGAGAGAUUAAGCCCUUUCCUCUCCUUAUCCCAACUCUGGGGGUGGGGAAAAACUGCUCCAUUUCAUGCUGCUAUUACCUCUUGGAAAGGAAAGCUCUCAUUGGCAAGUAUAAGCCUUAUCAGACGUAGGUUUUUGUGGGUGUGCUUUGUAACAUGCCAUUGACACAAUAGUGCAUUAAGACACUAUUGCGCUGUCUUAGUAGUUCUGUGAUGCUUCAAUAGCAGUCUUGCACUCUUAGCACGUGAAAAUGGGACAAAAAUAAACGUUUCUAGUAGAAAACAUAGCUGUACCACAUUUUUGCAGGUGCACUCUUGGAAGUGGGGUCUUGCAUAACCACCAUGUUAUCAGCAGGAGCAUAAAUCUGCAAGAAUGCACAAGAAACAGGACAUUCGGAGGGACCCUAAUGACAAACACCCUGGCAGACUUCCUAACAUCUUGGUCCUGAAUUCUGCCAAUGCACCACAUCCCUUUUCCUUCAAUUUAGGGAAAAUAUCACAGACUUCAGGGAGAUCCAGCACUCAAAACAACAUAAAGAUUCUAGCCAGACUUUUACAUUUCUCCUUGAACAGCAGUGAGUGAACAGGAUCUGAAAGUCUACCCAAUCACUCUUCAGAACAGGAUUU